AUGUUUUCCCUUUCCUCUUUUAUUACAGCCACUUUUGGAGCCAUACUGGACUCUCGUUGUUAUCUCGAGGGCGGUGGCUCAGCGGAAAGUUUCCUAGCCACUGAGGAUCUGGCGGUGGGUUCCAUAAUUGGCAAACUAAGGAUAAACGGAGAUCCCACUGCUGAGACGGGAGACAUUAACCUUUCGCUGAGGGAGAAGAACGCUCCAGUAGAGAUUGUGGCAGGCACCAAGGAGUUGGCCCUUUCGGUGGAAUUGGAUAAGGAGGGUCUGAGGGGUCCCUCGUCCAUCUACGUUAAUGUCAUCUGUAUACGGCGGCACUCAACGGAUCCGAGCUUCGUCGUCCCUGUGAAUGUGCGCGUUACCGACGUGAAUGACAAUGCUCCCCAGUGGAUCGGCACUCCGUACACGCUGACCCUCUCAGAAGUGACCGUUCCCGGGACGCGAAUACUGCAAGGAGCUCGGGCCGAAGAUGCCGAUCAGCCGGGACCCUUCUCCACCGUGGAGUACCAGGUGCUGCCAGGUCCAUAUUCGGAGUUUGUGCAGUUCCUUAAUCCCCUCGAAGGCACCCUGGUGCUGAAAAAGGCCCUCGAUUACGAGCAGCUACAGAACUUCACCGUAAAGUUGCGGGCCCAGGAUCAGGGCACGCCGCCACGUCACUCGGACACAUUGCUGCGAGUGGUCAUCACAGAUGCAGAUGAUCAGAAUCCAAGAUUCCAGCGGGAAUCCUACACAGCGGAGCUGCCAGUGGAUGGAAGGCCGGGAGAGCUGCGCAUGCGUCCGGAGCCACUGAAAGCUGUGGAUCAGGAUGAAGGUAUCUGUGCUCCGAUCCAGUAUACGAUAGUCCAAUCCCAGGAUGCCAAAUACUUUCGGAUUCAUCCGCACAACGGAGCUAUUAGCCUGCUGACUCCCAUUGGUUAUGCGGACGUGGCCAAUGGCGCCACUCUGGUGGUGAAGGCCACCCAGAUCGAUAAUCCCGAUCGCUAUGCUCUAACCACCGUCCAGUUGACACGUCCUGGUAGUCACAGUGACCUCAGUACCCUGGCAUUUGUCCAGAAGAGAUUUGUGAUGAGGAUCCGAGAGGACACGGCGGUGGGCAAUCGAAUACUGGCCUUGCCAACCAACAAACCAGGGAAACAUCUAAAGUACACCAUUCCGGAUCCGGUGAACUCACAAUUCUUCAGUGUAGGAUCUCUGGGGGAACUGGUCUUGGCCAAGCCACUUGACUACGAGAAGAUGACCAAGCAUGAGUUCCAGGUGAUGGCCACCGAUGGAAUGACCAAUAGCACCGCCGAGCUCACGCUGGAUGUAAUCGACGUCAACGAUUGGGAGCCACGAUUCAGGGAGACACACUAUGAGUUUAUGGUGCCCAAGAGCUCCCUGCAGUCCCGAGCGGAUUCUUUUGAGGGCGUUCUCAUCGGCAAGGUGGAGGCGGCGGAUGGCGAUCGCAACGAUAAGCUGGAGCUCUCACUGCGUGGUCAGCAUGCUGGACUAUUCGAGAUCGAUGCCACCGGCAAUAUCUACAUGCGUCCGGAGCAGUUGCAGAGCCUCAACGAGUCCACAGUACACUUGAUAGCCAUUGCCACGGAUACGGGUGUGCCGCCCAGGAGUACCUCAGUCCCAGUCAGCGUGACUAUGGAGGGUCUGACCCUGGCCCAAUCCGGCUGGAAUAGCAGCAUGCUGGGCAUGUUCGGCAUGAUCGUGGGGCUCUUCCUGAUGAUCAUCGUGGCGCUCAGCUGCUACAUUGUGCGGUCCAAGAAGCAGGGGAAGAGUGCUUCCAGUGGCCUUGGCCUUGGUCGGAAUCGUGUGCACAGCCAGGCGCACAGCAGUGUAUCCUCGGCCAAUCUGGUUACCCACGAGAAGCUGGCCGGGAAUGGCAAUGGCAACGGGGCCAGCGUCACCAGCGGUGGAGUUUCUGUGCUCCACAUGAAGCACGGCGGCAAUAUCACCAUGGCGAAUCCGAUGAACAAUGGUCUGCAUCAUGUGGCCAGUGGAGCCAGCAGUAGCAUGGCUCUCGGCAGUUCCGCUGCCCUGCUGGAGAGGGAACGGGAGCGAGAGCGGGAUCGGGAACGACAGCGGGAGAGCUAUGCAGCCACAGUGCGCAGCAUCGUUUCGCGCGCCUCCGCCAACGGUCAGCUCUUCGAGGAGGAGGACGAGAUCGAGCACGACUCCCUGCAGACGGAGAAUAACAACCGGAAGGUGGCGGCCACCGGAGCAAUAAGUGGCAACGGGGUCACCACCAUUACGACCACGUCGGCCAAUGCCAACGGCUCCAAUUUACUAUCUGCCACCGAUGCCAUGGGCUCCUCGGAGAACAACUUGACGGUCUACUUCUAG